AUGGUCAACACCAUGGCCAGCAAAUAUAAACUAAUUUUCACUGGACUAUUGAUUUUCAUUUCAGUGCAGUGGACUGUAUGUAUUUCAGAAGAAGAGCUCCAUGCCAGCUACUGGAACAACAAAGGAAGGCAGGCUCUUCACAGCGCCCUGAAAAUUCAGCCUAAUGUUCACCAAGCCAAGAACCUUAUCCUCUUCCUGGGGGACGGUAUGGGGAUACCAACAGUGACUGCUGCCCGGAUCCUCAAAGGCCAGUUGGCAGGGAAAUCAGGCGAGGAGACCAGUCUGGUCAUGGAUACCUUCCCUUACCUGGCGCUGUCAAAGACUUACAAUGUAGACCAGCAGAUGCCAGACAGCGCUGGCACAGCAACAGCAUACUUAUGUGGUGUGAAGGCUAACUAUGGCACCCUGGGUGUCACUGCUGCCACCCCGAGGUCCAACUGUAGUGCUAGCUAUGGAAAUGAAGUGACAUCUGUUCUGCACCGUGCCAAGAAAGCAGGAAAAUCUGUCGGAAUUGUCACAACUACCCGUGUGCAGCACGCCUCUCCUGGUGCAAACUAUGCUCACUCUGCCGAUCGCAGCUGGUAUUCUGACUCUGACCUCCCUGCUGAGGCUGUCCAAAAUGGAUGCCGUGACAUUGCAUAUCAGCUGAUUAGCAACACAGAGAUAAAUGUCAUUCUUGGUGGAGGUCGUCAAUACAUGUUUCCCAGAGACAAACCAGAUCCAGAGUAUCCAAGUUCUACAGGAGACCGAAAGGAUGGACAAAAUCUUGUUACGGAAUGGAUGAAGAACAAAAAGAAUGUUAAAUAUGUCUGGAACAAAGCUGAUUUUGAUGCUGUCAAUCCUGCAAAUACAGACUUCCUGAUGGGUCUAUUUGAGCCCAAAGACUGUCGUUAUGAGUUGGACCGUGAUUCGUCCAUGGACCCGUCCCUCACUGAGAUGAUGGAGAAAGCAAUACAGAUUCUCAGCAAGAACCCUAAGGGAUUUUUCCUCUUUGUAGAAGGUGGGAGAAUUGACCAUGGGCACCAUGCAGGGAAGGCCAAAAGAGCUUUGUAUGAGGCUGUUGAGUUUGACCGGGCAAUCGGGCGAGCAGCUGAACUCACCAGUGAGCUGGACACCCUGUCUGUGGUCACUGCUGACCAUUCCCAUGUCUUUGCCUUCGGAGGACAUUCUGUUAGAGGAAACUCUGUUUUUGGAGUGUCUCGCUCAAUUGCUGAAGACAAGAAGCACUUCACCACUGCUGUGUAUGGAAACGGACCAGGAUACCAGAUUGUUAAUGGAACUCGCCCCGAUAUGAAUCAGUCGAUUUCAUCUGAUAAAGACUACCGUCAGCAGGCUCCUGUUCCUCUUGAUUCAGAAACCCAUGGCAUAGAGGAUGUAGCCAUCUUUGCCAAAGGUCCCAUGUCACACCUCUUCCAUGGGGUCCAGGAGCAGAGCUACAUCGCCCAUGUCAUGGCUUAUGCUGCUUGUCUGGAGCCCUAUGAAAACUGCAAGCUGCCUGAGCCCAACCACGCAGGAGCCAUCCACCCAAGCCUCCUGCUCAUCCUCAUGGGCCUCCUUCUCCUCUCCCUCAGCUCUGUCUGA